CUGCCUGCCUUCAUUUUCACACUGACUGAGGCAGCAGUGAUGGCAGACACAACUGCUUUGCCGCUUCAACAGCUUAUUGCAUCGUUGGACGAGACUUGUUUGCCCAAAAUUCUGCAGGUUUGCUCUGGAGUGUAUUUCCAAGGGUCUAUAUAUGAACUGUCAGGGAGUGAAGUGUGUUUUUCCACCGGAGAUCUUGUUAAAGUUAUUGGUUUAGAGCUCCAGUCAGUCUGCUGUGAAGACAUCAGCAAUAAUGAGAAGUUUGACCUGCCGAUUAACCACACAGGGUUGUUCAAGGUUGUUCCAGAGGAGCUGCCGUACAAUACAGUAGAGGAGAUGUUAAAACUCAGACCCGUGGGCCUGGAGUCCUGCCUUCCCUUCACUUUCAGCAGUCGUACCAAGAUGACCUUUGGCAAUUUCACCCUGGGUAGUGGGAGAGCCUUGACUGUGCUCUCCACUGAGCAGCCUGAGGGCAAGGAGGGUCAUGUACGCUGCCAUAUUCAAGGACAGCAGGAAGCCUCAGCUGAAGUUUGCAUCCCUUUUUCCACCAGAGGGGAGUUCUAUGAGCGUGAGAGUGAGGAGUGCUUCACCCUGCAGGAGAUCAUGUCAUCCUCCUGCCUAAGGAGCCGAAAGUUUCGCUUCAUCAACAAAACUAAAAGUGAAAAACCACUUAUCCUCACUCCAGUGUACCAGGUCCAUGCCAUCAUGAGCCUGAGGAAGAACAUUUUGAGGUUUCCGUCCAGCUUAGAAGUGGAUGUGAUAGAUGUCACCAAUCUGUGUAAGGAUGUGGACUUCAUCACUCCUUUCAGUCUCACUGAGGUCCUCUCCCAGCCAGAUGAGUCCUUCCCUGCAGUAGUGGAGAUACUGGAAAGUCCAGAGAGUCGGUCUAUGUUUAAGUGCAGCUGGCUGCCAGACCUUAUAAAAGACACUCACCUGGUUUUCCAUAGGAAAGGAACCUCAGCCCUGGUUUUAAUAUCCAGCUUAAAGAGCCGCAAGGUGCAGCAGUACUUCCUGGUUUCUGAGCAGUAUGGUGGUAAAUUUCGGAGGAGGCCCAGAGAGUUCAACUCGGUGUAUGAGAUGUAUGUCGCUUCAAUCAAUGUACCAGGCCUGAAAGUCAGUGUGACGAGGAACUGUGAGGAAAUUGAAGAGGAAGGCCUGCCUGCGCUCAGCGUGGGGGAACAGCUGGAGGUCAUUCGGUGUGAAAGGAUGGAGCUGCCAUGUGGAAGUAAUGACAAAGAGAAGCAGACUGUUGAGGCACUUUUCUGCUAUCGCAUCCCAGAGGCUGAUGAAGAGGAUGAUGAUGAGGAUGACAAGAAGGAAGCUGUCCAGGAGAGUAAGGAGGAAAUUUACUUACCUUUGUACAUGCAGGCUCACUUUGUGGAGGUACUCGCUGAUAGCAAGAAGAAGUACAGACUCAAGGAGUUGGGGACUAAGUUUAGUUUACCCCUAGAUGUUAAAGUGAUGACCCGUGACGCUGAACUUGAGAACGAUCCACUUGUUGGGUUUCCGUGUCUCAGAAUAGAGGGGGCCAUGGUGGAGCCAACCAUCCAAGCAAGUUUUACUAACAGUCCUGAUCAGUGUUUUGAGAUCCCCACCCAGUGGCUCAACAUGUCUGUCUCCUUUACCAAAGAACCUCUGCCAUGGUUGGCCGGUCAACCGCCAAAGCGUAGAGUGGAUUCAGUAACAGAGGUGACAGAUAUAUUCUUCUAUGAGUUCCGUAAGCAGGGUAAUUCAGAUGAUGCUCCUCCACCUCGGCCACCAAAGAGGAACCUGUCAUCUUCAACAGCUCCCAAAAAGUCUAAAUCCUCCAAAAAGAGCUCAUCCAAGCCAGAGAAGUCAAAACAUCGACUGGAUAAGAGCAUCCCAACAAAAGAGUUAGGCGAAUUGACUUUAAAUAGCAAAAGAAGACCCCCAGCACCCCCACCUCCUACUACAUCAGAGGAUCAACUUCCUCCAAUCAUACCUCGUAAACACGCAACGACUGAUGGGAAGUCUCACAAAGCUCUGCCAAACACCUACGUGAGGAUGGAGGACUCAAAGAAAAAAGGUGCUGUACUUUCCUUCCAGUAUCACACAGAGUUCACCCAUGCAGGCAACAGGAAUAUGAGUUUUCAAAUUGCCAACAAAUCUCACAGAAAGAACAAAACCCAGCAUUACUCAAACUUUUUCAACUUCCCUAUAGUGCCCGUGGUAUGUUACCAGACAACCCUUUUCCUGCGAAAAUGCAGAAUGUACUGCAUUUUUAAAUGUUUGUCAGUGUGAGUUAAUUUGCUGGCGACAGGUCUAUGUAUUUGAAGGAAAUUAUCAGUUAUUUUAACCCAACAUCAAGAGUGAUUUCAACCUUAAUGGAUGGGACAAUAAUAUCUACAAAAGAUGAUCCCACUGGACAAUCUCUUGGUGUCCAUUGAAGGAAAAUACCAAGAGAUCAAAACAGACAAGAACAUUGAGAAUGUCAAAUGUUUCUUAGACUUAGACUUAGACUUAGACUUAGACUUACUUUAUUGAUCCACACAAUGGGGAAAUUACUUUGUUACAGUAACAGCACAAGACGUAACAGGCUGCCGGCAUCCCCGGCGCCAUAAAUCUUGACAGAAUAAUGCAAAGCACAAGUAUAAGACAUCAUACAGUUUACACACAGUACACGUGGACACAUGCUGGAAUUUUUUCAUGGAUUUAAAGGGAUUCGGGGGACAGUGUGAAUAAUUAGGCUGACAGCAGACGUCAAGUGGGGGGUGGGUGGGCAAGGGGGAAUGGGGGAUGCAUGAGCUGUGUAGGAAUUGUGGAAUGUGUGUGCUAAGAUAAGAGACACCAGUGGGUUCGCUCUGUCCAUAACCUUCAGUCUUAUCAGUCUUAUCAGUUCAGCCACUGUUGUCUUGACCAUGGAAGAUGUUUUGACUGCAGUGGGAGUGAGAAUAGAGAAAGAAUGUGCUGCUUCCUCAGUUCCCAGGGGAAAUAAUUUAGACCGCUGGGGGAGACUUGAUUGCUGCAUAAAUUUGGUAUAACUUAAUUUUUGUUAUACCUGGCCUCAGCAUUCCUUAGCACUUUCGUCCAGUGAGGUCUCUACGCAAUUCCUCGAUCUUCUCCUUGAGUCCGGCAGAUUGACGGAGCCCCUCCAUGGUUGCCCUCAAUCCCUCCGCGGACUGACCCGUGAUGUAAUCCAACUUCUUAUACGAGUCCCCAGCCCGUCCGGUCAGGUCUCGCACACUCUCCUCCGGUUCUGGUUCUAUUGCUGACACUGAAAACUGAUGCAUAUUAAAGCUAAAUUAAAAUUCAUUAUUUUCAGUAUAUUGUUUUUAAUCCAAAGGUCCGAUGGACUAUUGGUAUCAGUUGGCGUCCGUCUGUCUGUCAGUCACAAUGACUUGAUAUUUGUUGUGGAACAUCUUUGGGAU